AUGUGGCUUCUCCCUGGCCUGGCCUGGGCUCUCCUCAGCUCAGCCCUGGCCCUGGAGCUGAGUUUGCAGGAGAGUUUGCUGUUGAAGUCCUUGGGUCUGAGCGCCAAGCCCAGCCCCAAAACUCCCAUCCCUGUGCCUCCUGUGCUCUGGAGGAUCUUCCAGAGGAGAAAGACUCAGCCCUCGAUGAACAAAGAGCCUGUGGAUGCCUGUAGGGUGGAGGAGUUCGAUGUCCCUGGGGACAUCAUCCGUGUCUUCACCGACCAAGGCCACUUCAUUCCCAAGGGGCAGCCCCAGGGGCAGCUGUGCCUGAGGAAACGUCUCUACUUCAACCUCUCCAUGCUGGAGGAGGAUGAAAACGUGACCAUGGCUCAGCUGGAGAUCAAAUUCCACCACAACUCCUACCACACCUCCAGCCAGGGGCAGAUUUUUGAGCUGAGGCUCUCCCAGCCCUCCCAGGUGUCUCUGCAGGGGAUGCCUGAGCCCAGGCAGAAGCUGCUGGUGGAGCAAUCCUUUGCCCAGCUGCACAAGUCUCUCCUCUUCAACCUGAGCAUGGUGGCAAGGGACUGGAGAAUGCACAACAGGAAUCUAGGCCUGGUCCUGGAGGUGGCAGUGAGUGGUGGUGAUGAGGUGAAUGAGCUGCAGGGACUGUGCACCAGCAUCGACUCCUUCCUCGACACCUCCCUGCUGGUGGUGACCCUCAGCCAGCAGUGCCAGGUCUCCAGGAGGAGGAGGAGGAGUGCUCAGCACCCUCCCAUCACCCUGAGCAACCUCUGCAGGCCACGGAGGCUCUACAUCAGCUUCAGUGACGUGGGCUGGGAGAACUGGAUCAUCGCCCCGCAGGGUUACCUGGCCAACUACUGCCUGGGGGAGUGUCCCUUCCCGCUCACUGCCGAGCUCAACAGCACCAACCACGCCAUCCUGCAGACCAUGGUGCACUCCCUGGACCCCCAGGGCACCCCCCAGCCCUGCUGUGUCCCUGUCAGGCUCUCCCCCAUCUCCAUCCUCUACUAUGACAACAGUGACAACGUGGUGCUGCGGCACUACGCGGACAUGGUGGUGGACGAGUGUGGCUGCAGGUAGAGCAGU